UCUCCCACAGGCCCCGUUCUCCCUGCGAUGCCCAGUCACCCUUGCAAGGUCCUCGCCCGCCUGCAUUAGGUGCCGAAGCCUGAGGACACCCAACGCUGCACACACCAAGGUGGCCCUGGUCAGCGAGCCCGGACGGCAGUGGCUGAGCGCUGGGCACUGGCCUAGCCACACGCACACACCGGCACCAUGGACUUCGUCAUGAAGCAAGCGCUGGGCGGGGCCACCAAGGACAUGGGGAAGAUGCUGGGGGGCGAGGAGGAGAAGGACCCCGACGCACAGAAGAAGGAGGAGGAGAGGCAGGAGGCCCUGCGCCAACAGGAGGAGGAGCGGAAAGCCAAGCACGCCCGCAUGGAGGCUGAGCGGGAGAAAGUCCGGCAGCAGAUCCGUGACAAGUACGGGCUGAAGAAGAAAGAGGAGAAGGAGGCGGAGGAGAAAGCCGCGCUGGAGCAGCCGUGUGAGGGCAGCCUGACGCGCCCCAAGAAGGCCAUCCCGGCAGGCUGCGGGGACGAGGAAGAGGAGGAGGAAGAGAGCAUCCUGGACACCGUCCUCAAGUACCUGCCCGGGCCGCUGCAGGAUAUGUUCAAGAAGUAACAGCACCGCCAACCCUGCCAUGGGGUGCUGGGGCACGGGCGCCCUCUCCCUUCCAACCCCUCCAUCAGUUCCCUUGGCCCCGGGGGGGGUCCCCGCACCCCCUCCCUACCCCC